AUGCCGACAGGGGUGAUGAGUAGCUGUGUUUUACCGCAGGAUACGAUGAAAAUUUUGUUGAGUGCGUUGGGCAAGGCCACAUGCAUGUCAAGCACAACAGUGAAUGAGUUAACAAACUUGUAUGUGCACAUCGAAUCACAGAAGGCACUGAAAAGCGGUCAGGCUAGUAGUUCAAGUGGCAGCAUAUCAACGUCGCGGGCGCAGCUAAACAUCAGCGGGUCUGCGCAUGCUCCUACCACAACGGGCAUGUUUGCUAGCGGUUUGAGUACCACUUCAAGUGCACCAGUGCAACAACAACAGCAGCAGCAGCCCCCGGGUAUUAGUUUUGCUAGCAGUUUUCCACUUGGAACAACAGGAUUCGGCACGACAAGUCGCGAAGUGCUUGGUAAGUUUUCGUUACUUUCCCUUUCGGUCUGUUUCUUAAAAUCCUGGCCUCUUUUAAUAUCAAAUCAACGACAUGAUGCAUUCGGCAGAAUCCGGAAAAUCAAGAAAUGCCUUCUCUAG